CAAAGAAAUAGUUCCUAUCGUAAGCAUUAUUUGCGUCUCAUCCAAGCUUAAAUAGAUAUUAUUUGUAUUAUAUAACAUUUAACAAACAAUAAUUAAGUGCACUAAAUUUUAUUCAAGGUAUCAAAAAAAUUAAUAACGAUGCCACACCUUCGCGCAUGAACACUCAACAAAACUGAACGUUUCGAGAAUUCGAGGAUUUAAACGCAAUCCCGAGUCCUGCAACCGCCAUUUGACACUGUUCGGGUUACGGUGUGUCACGUUCGAGCUACAUUUCAAAAUGCGUGAAAUCGUUCACAUUCAGGCUGGCCAGUGUGGGAAUCAAAUCGGUGCUAAGUUUUGGGAGGUAAUCUCCGACGAGCAUGGCAUUGACCCUACCGGCACCUAUCAUGGCGAUUCGGACCUUCAAUUGGAGAGAAUCAACGUGUAUUACAACGAGGCAUCUGGAGGAAAAUAUGUCCCACGAGCUAUCCUCGUUGAUCUCGAACCUGGCACCAUGGACUCUGUCCGUUCUGGGCCCUUUGGACAGCUCUUCAGGCCAGACAACUUUGUGUUUGGUCAGAGUGGUGCUGGCAACAAUUGGGCCAAGGGUCACUACACAGAGGGGGCCGAGCUGGUGGACUCCGUCCUGGACGUUGUCCGCAAGGAAGCGGAGAGCUGCGACUGUCUUCAGGGCUUUCAGUUGACUCACUCCUUGGGUGGAGGCACAGGCUCGGGCAUGGGCACACUUCUCAUCUCCAAGAUUCGGGAGGAAUACCCAGACAGGAUCAUGAACACCUUUAGUGUGGUCCCUUCUCCUAAGGUAUCGGACACUGUGGUGGAACCCUACAAUGCCACCCUGUCUGUGCACCAGUUAGUUGAGAACACAGAUGAGACCUACUGCAUUGACAACGAGGCCCUCUAUGACAUCUGCUUCCGCACACUGAAGCUCACCACCCCGACUUAUGGAGAUCUCAACCACUUAGUAUCUGCCACCAUGUCUGGCGUCACCACAUGCCUCAGGUUCCCUGGCCAGCUAAACGCCGACCUUCGCAAGCUUGCCGUGAACAUGGUCCCCUUCCCACGUCUUCACUUCUUCAUGCCUGGGUUUGCUCCUCUGACAUCUCGUGGCAGCCAGCAGUACAGGGCUCUGACGGUGCCAGAACUGACCCAACAGAUGUUUGACGCCAAGAACAUGAUGGCCGCUUGUGAUCCUCGCCACGGCCGCUACCUGACUGUGGCUGCAGUCUUCAGGGGCCGCAUGAGCAUGCGGGAAGUGGACGAGCAGAUGCUCAACGUGCAAAACAAGAACUCCAGCUACUUCGUAGAAUGGAUCCCAAACAACGUUAAAACUGCAGUCUGCGACAUUCCUCCUCGGGGUCUUAAGAUGUCUGCCACUUUCAUUGGAAACAGCACUGCCAUCCAAGAGCUCUUCAAGCGGAUCUCCGAACAGUUCACUGCCAUGUUCCGCCGCAAGGCUUUCUUGCACUGGUACACCGGAGAGGGCAUGGACGAGAUGGAGUUCACCGAGGCAGAGUCCAACAUGAACGACUUGGUGUCCGAGUACCAGCAGUACCAGGAGGCCACAGCUGACGAGGAAGGAGAGUUUGAGGAUGAGGAGGAGGCACAAGCAGAAGCUUAAGUGAAGUUCUUUGUGUGACAUGCACCAUGUAUCCUAGCAUUCUGAGCUCCUUCAUUUUGUGUUGUGUUCUCUACUCUUCUCUUUUGUAUUAUUCUUUCAUUGUGAAUAAAGCCGACACUUGAGCCAA